CGGCAAAAUCACCCUCUCCCGCAGCACCCGCUACAUCUCCUGCGUCCGAGCCCGCUGUUCCAGCUCCCCGAUUUCCUCCAGAGCGUUAAUCUCAACUCCGAGCCAGUUCGAUCGAGAGGGAGAGGGACAUGGCUGACGACCUGUUUGAAGGCCUCCCUCCGCCAUCUGCAAACGCUCCUCCUCCUCCUUCUCCUGAAAUCCAACUCCGGCAACAGCCGCCUGAACCACACACCAAAAUAGAGCGAUCAUGGAGACGGUGGUCGGCAACCUUUGCUCCCCGUUUCUUCUGAGUCAACUCGGUAAUUCAAGGCCUUGUCUUCUCAAGCUCAGGACUUCUGCUGCUUCACGGGUUUUCAAGUGCUGUUUCGCGGCGGCAAUCAAAGUUCGAGCUGCUGCUUCGGGUGCCGUCGUCGAAGUCGAGCCAACCGAACCAAUUGUGGUGCAAAAUGGUGGCAUCAGCAGCAACAACAUUUUAGCUUGUCCGAUAUGCUACGAUCCAUUUUCAAGUUCCGGUGAUCCGGGCUUAUCUGUUGAGUCUGCUUCUGGGUCUAGUUUUCAAUGUGGCACUUGUAAGAAGACAUACUUUGGCAACGAAACACAUAUUGACCUGACAACAGCAAGCGGCACCAAGGACUAUGGUGAAUCAAUGCCCGUUACCACAGAAAUAUUUAGGACUCCAUUGGUAUCGUACCUCUAUGAGAGGGGCUGGCGUCAAAGCUUUACUGUAUGGGGUGGAUUUCCUGGCCCAGAGAAAGAGUUUGAGUUGAUUAAGGAUUUCUUAAAGCCAGUCUUGGGUGGUGGAAAUAUCAUUGAUGCAAGUUGUGGGAGUGGGAUGUUUUCUAGACUUUUCGCUAAGAGUGGAUUGUUUUCUCUUGUUGUUGCUUUGGACUACUCGGAGAACAUGUUGAAGGAGUGUUAUGGAUUCAUUCAGCAGGAGGAGAACUUCCCCAAAGAGAACAUGAUCCUGGUCAGAGCUGAUAUUUCUCGGCUUCCGUUUGCUACUGGUUCUGUGGAUGCAGUGCAUGCUGGUGCUGCCAUACAUUGUUGGCCUUCACCAUCAACAGCUGUUGCUGAAAUUAGUCGAGUCCUGCGACCUGGGGGGGUGUUUGUUGCAUCUACUUACAUACUCGAUGGGCCUUUUUCGCUCAUCCCAUUUCUAAGGAACAUAACACAGAGAACAAAGCAAAUAGCGGGCAGCGAAUCUCCCAUCAACUUGUAUAACUCUGCAUGCCCAUCGGACGCAGAGGCAGGCGUACUCUUAAAAUCACCAGUUAGUUCCAAGAGUCCGAAACACAGGCCUUCAAAGUCAACUUCCUCAUCUACGUCUUCUACCCCAACAGACAAGAAAAAAUUUUGGGGACACUAACUUGGUCGGUUGGGUGAAGAUGAAGGUCUGAGAUAGACGGGAAAGGUGAUGCCGCUGUCACUGACGCCGAUGCGGCGGUGAAGGUGGAGAGGCCAGCUGGAGUCGAAAAGCUCGAGAAUGGUGGUUGCGACGAUUGGAGGUUGAUGGCGCUCUCUUUGGGCAGAGAGGAAAGACGAGGACGGCGGCGUGGAGCAAGUUUGUCUUUAGGGGAGCCCUGGGAAUUAACGAGGUGGGGUCCGUUGGCUGUGCUCGGUGGUUGUGCUCCGUAGCUGUGCUCGGUGGCUGUGCUCACUUUCUCUUUCUGCCCAUCAGCUUCAGCGGCAUGUACAGCCCCUCAUCCUCCGUCUCUUGCCUCGCAUUUU